AUGGAACCACUGAAUGUUUCUGUUAAAAACAAGCCCGUUGAGGUUAUAGCUAAGAUACUUAUGUAUCAGGCGGGUCCUAACGAUCUAAUAGAUUUUGAAUCUCCUACGAUAUCGGAGUACGCUAUUCUACUAGGGCCGGUGCAGUAUGACGAUGCUUCUACGACAUCUGGCAUUGCGGGUGGGAACAUCAAGGAGGUAUACAUUGUACAGAAUGGUCGCAAAUUACAUGGAAUCGCAGAAAGGCAAACUCUAGUAGAUUAUAUAGAGCGCUAUCGUCUUGCGAUGCCACUUGUCAAGAUCACAUGGUCUAAUAAAGGAUGUUACGUAUCUAGUCCCGAUAUCACAGGGCCACAAGAACUUACAUAUGACUAUCAUAGGGUGAUCAAUACCCAUUUAUACCGCAGGGCAUUCGGAUGCAGAGCAGCUGCCAGACGUGUUGCACAUGCCAUUAAAGAAGGGGACCGUAUAGGUAUGGGUCGCGCAACACUUUUAGUACGUCACCUUGCGAGGAAACCAUCAAAUUCGUUGUCACACAUCCAUUCACUCAUGUCGUCAGAGGCUCAGAUGACCAAUGGUCCAUCUGCUGCCGAAAACGACGAGCAUGUCGAUGACAAAUGUGCUGUUAAUAAUACAGAUGGUUGUCUAUGUGGUGAUUCCACAGUAUCAACAGUUAAUGACCGUGACUCUGAUGUGGGUGUCCAAGUUACCCCUUCUACAGCAGGUUGUCUCCAACGUUCUGGAUCUGAGCCAAAGAUAUGUCGUAUAUGUCUCGAGGAUGAGCAAUCUGGUCCUUUGGUUGUCCCCUGUAAGUGCAACGGUUCAAUGAAAUAUGUCCAUCUUGCUUGUGUACGUACCUGGGUACAAGGUCGUCUUAAGAUCAAGGAUGAAGAGGGUAAACCUCACAUAACUUAUUUUUUACAAAACCUCAAGUGUGAAUUGUGCUCUGUCCCAUACCCGUCAUAUGUUGAUGUGGAGAGUGUAUGGACUGAUUUCUUGGGUAUUGAAGAGCCGGCUCCACCUUACGCAGUGCUAGAACCAGAAAACAGCUCACAUACAGGCCUACAUAUCGCAAGCAUAGCAAAGCAGCCUGUUACUAUAGGUAGGAGCAGUGAAUCAGGUAUCGUUUUACAAGACAUAUCGGUUUCUCGGUGUCAUGCGAUUCUGCAGUAUUGCGAUGGUCAGUUUGUUAUUGAAGAUAAAUGCAGCAAGUUUGGCACUGUUCUUUAUAUGGGAGACAACUUCACCAUACCUGUUGAGCGUGAUCACCCUAUUGCCAUAAAAAUUGGCACGGAUGUUUUAUGUAUAGAGGCAAGAUCAAGUCGCGCUAGUCUCUCUGCGUUAUGCUGCUUUGCGUAUAACCCUAACUCUGUGAGGGUCAUCGUUUGA